CGCCGGUCCCUGGAUGACCUGUCGGCGCCGCCGCACCAUCGAAGCAUCCCUAACGGCCUGCACGAUCCCUCAUCCACCUACAUCAGGCCACUGGAGACCAAGGCGAAGCUAUUGGAGGGUGACAAGCUCCCCCCACAGGUGCCCCGCCCCUACGGCCUCCAGAGAAGCCUGCUCCAGCAGGCAGGUUCCGGAGAGUUCCGGACACUGCGGAAAGGCUUCUCCCCAUACCACUCAGAAUCCCAGCUUGCGUCCCUGCCGCCCUCCUACCAGGAAGUCCUGCAGAACGGCCCAGCCUGCCCUGUAGCCGAGCUGCCCUCACCCCCUCCUGCCGUCUACAGUUCUGCAGGACAGAAGCCCGAGGCUGUUGUACAUGCCAUGAAGGUUCUGGAAGUUCAUGAAAACCUUGACAGGCAGCUUCAAGACAGCUGUGAGGAGGACCUGAGUGAGAAAGAGAAGGCCAUCGUUCGAGAGAUGUGCAAUGUGGUCUGGAGGAAACUGGGAGAUGCUGCCAGCACCAAGCCCUCCAUCCGGCAGCACCUGUCUGGUAACCAGUUCAAGGGGCCUUUGUAGGGCCAUUCCUCCACGGAUGUGAACUGGCUCUGCCUGGAGUCUGAGGCCUUGGACCUGGCAGAAACUCUGGCCUAGCCACCAUCUUUCUCUUUGGUGAAUUGUACAUAGGACACGGCCAACCUGGCUGCCCUGGUGUGACAUUGACAGCCAGGACUCCGCCUCCUGCCUCCCUCACCAGCAAACCUUGGGAAGAUGAGAAGCCACGGGCUGUUUGCCGCAGCAGAGUGGCCAGGCAGCCUGACUCCCUGUUUGAGCUCCAUGUUCCGCUAGCAACAAGCUUUGAGACUCCAGAGACUGUCUGGGGCCAUCCUGCUCUUGGUGGAAGCCCCUCGUCAAGCCUUCCACCCCAGCUGUCCCUCACACUGGACAGAAGCCACCAGAGCCUGAAUUGUGACACAGGUGGCACUUUUCUGCUGCCCUGCCAUAGCCAGGAUCCUGGGUUGUGGAGCACCGGCUCCCUUGUGUCCAUGGCUGGCUGGGAGCUCAGGGUUCCCUCCUACCUGGGGGUUGAUGCCUAGCCACCCCAGUGCCAGCUGCUGCGCUUAGCUUUCACCCUACGGCAAUGUCCCCCUGCCCGUGUCAGGCUUAGCCGUCUCUUAGGUCUCUCCUGCGAGUUUCCUUUUCUGGUUUACAGCAACAUAGGAAGUCCUGGAGCAUGUCUGGGCUGAGUUGAGCAUUCUCUAUGGACAGGAAGAACUGGCCGUGGAGCUGGGUCAGUGUAGCCUACCUCCAGGUGCAUCCAGGGUCACUAUGGAUGGAGCUGCAAGAGCCGCCCCUGAUGAGUUUUCUUUGGGAAGGAAGGGGCAUGACCUGGUUCUGGCUUUAAUUUGCUGUGUGGCCUUCAGCAAGUCACUCAGCUUCUCUGGGCCCCUAGUAAAAAAAUGGGCUGAGGUUCCUUUUUGUUCUGCUCACUCCAGAAAGCACCCCACUUUGGUGGGCCUCUGCCCUCUCUCGAAACAGAUGAGCUCAUGUGGCGACCUACUGGGAGCAUGCUAAGUGGCUAGCCUGUUGGCCAUGCUGUCUCCUCACAGGUCACCUCAGUCCCUCCCUACAGGGACCGGGGGUAGGGGUGGGGGUGGGGGUUCAAAUAAGUGCUUCAGUGUAUAUACGUGAUCAUGCCUCAUAUGGCGAAGCAUGACCGACAGGGAUGCUUUCUACCUUGGCGUGAGGAAAAUGAGUGCUUUUGUGAAAUGUACAGGUAAUAACUCGAGACCUAUAGGAGGGCCAGGCCAUGCUGCUGACAUUGUCACCCGUGCCAAUGUCACCCGUGUUACUUCCUCACUCAAUGGUACUUCGAGCCCCGGGCAGCAAGCACUUGAGCCCAAAGAGCUUGUCCUCGCCUAAGGCAGGUCUCCUUCAGGCCCCACCCACACCCUGUGAGCAAAGGGGACAGGCAGAGAAGGUGGGUGGCAUCCUGGGUCCCUCCCAGGCAAAGCCCCGUGACCUUGGGCUGUUCCCACCACCUUUGCUGCCCGCACCCUUGGGUCCCACUCUCAGGGGAAAGGCCCAUGGCCCUCGGUGUGCCCAGGGAGCAUUGUGCAGGGGCUGUAGGAACAGGCCUACCGCUGUGGCUGUGGGCCACCGGGAAGCUCUUUCUAGAAGAGCUGAUGUAUGGUCAAGCGAUUAACUUGUUGGUACCCUACCUGCUGGCGCUGGUACUCUGUGAUUUCUGCUAAGUGGGCUGUUGGGCAGACAGGACCCUUCCUGGUUCUUUGAGGCCAAGGAACCCCAGAAUAACAAUGAGGUAAAUGGGUCCACACAAGGUGGGAGCCUCGUCCUGGAGUCCCAUUUGUAUCAGGAUGGCUUAGCCACCGCUGACAUAAGCAAUAAGUAAGGGCUCCUGGAAGCUGAAGACUGGCCAAGAAAGAAAAGCCUAGAAGCCACCUUUCCCUUCUGGAGAGGUGUGGCCCUAUUCCUAAUGCUGCAGAGGCAUCAUGGGAAUCCAAAGAACAUUUUUGGAGAACCCCUCCAUCCUUCCACAGGGUGGAGCAAGCUUUGCCCUAGCUUUCAGCACUGGGCUAGCUCUCUAGGACAGUCUGUUGUCUUUCAAACCUAACAGCUAGGAGGGGCUAGCAGCUACCCGGUGAGCCCUGGACUGGGGAGGCCAGGUGGUCUUCCAGGACCCUCCCCCCUUCUGGAGCCUUAGCUUUUUGCAAUGCUGUCCAUCUCAAGCUCACACAAUGCUUGCACUGGCUCCAUCUCCCACUGUGACGGAGGUCACCCGGCCCCAUCCAGGUGGCCUCGCCUACCCUGGAGUCAGAAUCUGCUGAGCACAUUUUCAUUCCCGUCGAACAGCCACAAGCCAGUGUUUAAAGACAAAGUGACCUUUCAUUUUUCUUUCUUGAAACUUGAGAGGAAGUGAGAUACAUACUACUGAUUUUUUUUUUUUUUUAAGAAAACUAAAUGCAUGGCUGCAGAGUGGCAGAGGUGUAUAUUUUCAUACUGUGGGGGAGUGUGCUGCUUUUGGGAGGGGCUUCCAGGCCUGCUUCCUGCCCCAGGCCAGUCUUAUAUAGGCAUUGACGGUGGUGAGAUCUGCAGCUGCCCCCUCCUGCCCUGGCUGUGUACAGAGCUGGAGCCUGUGGACUUCGGCUGUUUCUACCUUCUGUUGAACCACUUUGAUUGUGCAGAGAGAGAAAAAUAGAACUUUUGAUAGUGUGGUAAAAGCAUUGAUUUGAACUAUUUUAGUAAAAGGAGUAACAAAUAAGAUUGUGACAGUGUCUAUUUGAACUAGAUAAUAAAGGUCUCUUUGUGAGCCUUCGA